GCCCUACUCUGCCUCUGAUUGGCUAGUACUCGAUACCUUCAUUGGCUAGGUUGGUUAGGUUUAGGCACGAGAAGUCAGAUGGUUGGGUUAAAGUAAGAAUAUGAAGGUCAGAGCCAAUCAAAGGCAGCGUAGGGGCGGGUCUUCGCAGAAUGCGGAUGAGGGAACAAAAACAACGCGUUUUGAUAACGGCUGCGGAAGGAGCUGUCAGUUGCUCUCGUCUCGCCGAUUUCUCGUCCAAGCAGUACUUUCCCAACACAACCGACACUACUCAAACGACAAAUGUAACACAGAAAGCCACAAUGGGAUUCUCACUUACACGCUUUCUUGGUGUUAAACCGUCGAAAGCGCUCCUGUCGCUACCUUUUCUGUUGACAUUCCUGCUCGUCGGGAGCCAAGGCGAGAGCAGUGCAAUGGACAACGUCGCAACUGAGAGGAUGGCUGAGGAAAGCCACAGACAGGACAGUGCCAAUCUACUCAUAUUCAUAAUGCUCUUAACACUCACCAUUUUAACUAUAUGGCUGUUCAAACACCGGCGGUUCAGGUUCCUGCACGAAACAGGACUUGCCAUGAUCUAUGGCCUGUUGGUGGGUGUGAUCCUGCGGUUCGGAAUCCAUGUGCCCCAGAGCACGAGUGACGUGAUCCUGAGCUGUGCUGUCAAUGCCAGUCCUGCUACUCUGCUGGUCAACGUCAGCGGGCGAUUCUAUGAGUACACUCUGAAGGGUGAAGUCAGCGGGGGCAAAGGUCACCAAGUGCAGGACGAUGAGAUGCUGAGAAAGGUGACCUUUGACCCAGAAGUGUUUUUCAACAUUUUGCUGCCUCCCAUCAUCUUCCACGCUGGUUACAGUCUAAAAAGGAGACAUUUUUUCAGAAACAUUGGCUCCAUCCUUGCCUAUGCCUUCAUGGGAACAGUUAUAUCCUGCUUUGUUAUCGGGCUGAUCAUGUAUGGCUUUGUGUCCUUCAUGAAAGUUGUGGGCCAGCUUGGGGGAGAUUUUUUCUUCACUGACUGCCUCUUCUUCGGGGCCAUCGUUUCUGCAACAGACCCAGUGACAGUGCUGGCUAUCUUCAAUGAGCUGAAGGUAGAUGUGGACCUGUAUGCUUUGCUGUUUGGGGAGAGUGUCCUCAAUGAUGCUGUGGCUAUCGUCCUCUCUUCCUCCAUUGUGGCUUAUCAGCCUGCUGGAGACAACAGCCACAGCUUUGAGGCCAUGGCCUUGUUGAAAUCCUUUGGCAUCUUCCUGGGCGUCUUCAGCGGAUCCUUUGCUCUUGGAGUGGCCACUGGAGUCAUGACUGCUCUCGUGACCAAGUUCACUAAGCUGAGGGACUUCCCCUUGCUGGAGACAGCUCUCUUCUUCCUCAUGUCCUGGAGCACCUUCCUAUUGGCUGAGGCCUGCGGGUUCACAGGUGUGGUAGCUGUACUGUUCUGUGGGAUCACUCAGGCUCACUACACCUUCAACAAUCUCUCACCUGAUUCUCAGGACAGAACAAAACAGUUAUUUGAGCUGCUGAACUUCCUGGCAGAGAACUUCAUCUUCUCCUACAUGGGUCUGACACUCUUCUCCUUCCAGUCACACGUCUUCAACCCUUUGUUCAUCAUUGGAGCCUUUGUGGCAGUGUUUCUUGGCAGGGCAGCAAACAUCUACCCUUUGUCCUUUCUGCUCAACCUGGGCCGCAGGAACAAGAUUGGAUCCAACUUUCAGCAUGUCAUGAUGUUUGCAGGUUUGCGCGGGGCGAUGACUUUUGCUCUUUCUAUCCGAGACACGGCGACUUAUGCCCGUCAGAUGAUGUUUUCAACCACCCUUCUAAUUGUUUUCUUCACUGUCUGGAUCUGUGGAGGUGGCACCACACCCAUGUUGUCCUUCAUGAGCAUACCGGUGGGUGUUGACUCUGAUCAAGAAAACUCUAGUUCAGCGAUGUUGGAUGGAUCACAGAGGAGGAACACCAAACACGAGAGCGCCUGGCCCUUCAGGAUCUGGUAUAACUUUGAUCACAACUAUCUGAAACCGCUCCUGACCCACAGCGGACCUCCUCUCACUGCUACUCUGCCCACUUGUUGUGGACCUCUGGCUCGAUGCCUCACCAGCCCUCAGGCAUAUGAGAACGAAGGUCAGCUCCACGACGAUGAGUCUGACUUCAUCCUGAACGAUGCGAGUGUUAGCUCCAUGUACGCCGAUGUCACCGUCAGCACGGAUGCGUCCGGAUCGCGCACCAUCAACCGAAAGCGCUCCUCCACCGCCAGCACUGGCGGGGGUCCGUCUGAUGAAGGCCUGGAUCACGAGCUCGCCCUGGCGGAAAAUGAAGUGGCGAUCAGGGGCACCCGCCUGGUCCUGCCCAUGGAUGACCCAGUGGACCCUCCAACCACUGUCACCCUGCCUCCCCCACCUUCCCCACCACACUCUGACCCUCACAGGCACAGACUGUAAGAAGAAGGCUGUCAGGGUGCAGUUUGUUGGUUUCAGCUUCAAGAAAAUCACAAAUCAUCUAACUAGAUUUCACAAGAAAACUAAAUCUAAUAGAAUACUUAGUUGAUUUGUUUUUUUUAUUUAUUUAUUUCUUUUUUUAAAUGACAAACUACUUUUACAGUAUAAUAUUCAAGUCUCAUGUUGACAAGACCACCUCCCUGUCCAACACGCGAGUUUAAAAUAGUCUCAGCUUUGUGACGAACUUAAGGCGUGCUUGAUUUAACUCACCUUUGAGGUGGAUUACUGUAAUCUUGAAUGUGACUGCACUACAUGUAAGAUAAGGUACUGUAAAUCAAGAGUACCUCAAGUUUAUAGGUUACUUAAAAAUCGCAAAAGAUGCACAUUAAGCCACCAUUUAAAGGAGGCAAAAAAAAUAAGAAAAUGGGGCUGUCAUAUUUGCUCCAAAGUUUGUACUACUGUGGUGAUAAUGCCAGUGCUGUUGUCUAUGCUCUCUAAAAAAACACUCCUUCUGGUUGUAGGGGGCGAUCUAAACGUUUCAUAUACGGUUUACCCUUUUCUCUGUGGUGACAUUGCUCGUGACAACAGGUCCUGUAUUUGUUUAGCUUACCUCAAGUAUUUGUAAGAUGAACUGUCAAACAUUUCUGACAGUUCUGAGAGUCACCCUGAAACUUUGCUCUGGCACCACGUAGUAACAUUCGGUGCUGUUCAGGAGCAUUUACACUACAGUUACAUUACUAACCUUACUAAUGUAUCCACAGACUGACGUGUUGGGAGCUUUGAAUUUGCAGGAUUGUAGAUUGGUUAUACUAUUAGGCCUAAAACAAAACAACCAAAAUCUCAAACCGCUUCCACAUCUCUGUCUAGGAGCGUCUAUACUACCUUAAAUUUUAGCACUGCCUGCCUCUUCUCUUCUGGGUCAGUCUUUUUCAUCUCGAUUUAUUUAUUGAACAAAGAGUGGUUUAUUUAUGUACUGAUUUAUUUAUUUAUUUAUUGUUUUUUUUUAGCGUGACAUUAAUGAUUAUCUUGCCCUGUUCAAAAAUAGGACAGCUCGGCGGUGAAAGGCUGUUGUUAUUCGGCAGCUUUUCCUAAAAGCACUGUAACUCUUCCCGGACAAGGUACAUACAGCGGGGGAGUCACGAGGGUGGUAGAUAUUCAUUCCAGGAGUUUGUUGUUCUUUACCGUUUGCGCAUGUUAAAAUAUCUCCCUCCCGAAAUGUAGCAGAUGCUUUUACUUUAUACUUGGAAACUAGAGCUUCCCUGUGUGUGUAUUUUACAAGUGUGUGUGGCUGAUGUCAGAUUGAAAUCUUUCAAAUCUACUGAUGUGGUUAUUAGGGCUAAUGUCUGUUUGUGGGUUCUCUGUCGUCAUCUGGUUUAAUCUCCUUUCUAAAAAAAAAAAAAACCAAACAAAACAAACGUAACUGCCGUGUCUUUGUGAUGUUGUAUCAUCAAAGAUGACUGAGGGCUGGCUGAUCUGUUUUCAAUUUAAGUGCCUAUUCAGAAAUUCAAUUACUUAUGUAGAUUUGUACAUAUUUUGAUUUGCUAAUGUGUAGUAAAAUCUUUUUUUUGUUUUUAUAUGAUACUAAACCCUUUGAUUGAUGUUGAAUAUUAUUUCCAGUAUAAUUGGGCCAUUAGGUGACGGCCUGAAGUGUAACUGUUUGUUUUUGGUGCAUUCAAAAGGUGGAGAGCCCAAAAGGGUGCAAACUAAAACAUUGUACUUAUAUUAAUGGGAAAUAACACUAAUAUAAUGUAAUCAUUUUGUGAACAGUGUACUUUAUCAAAAAAGUAUAUGUGGCAUUUUAAAAUGAAAUUCGUUCUUUUGCUUCACAAUUCGGGGCUGAAUUUGAACGCAACAUGAACCUGGUGACUGUUUUCCAGCUUUUCAUUUGUCAGUAAGGUCGAGGGAAAGAUUCUUGUGCAGGAGGAUGUCACCUACUUUCUACUGAAGCAAUGUUUAUCUGUUUUGCACCUAGUUUGGCAACCAAGCUCCUCUAUUCUGUUCCCACUUAAGUGGAGAUAUUUUGUGGCUCAAGCAUCUCCUUAGUUAACUGGGACCCUUGCCUGUUCUGUUUUCGGCUGAGCAGGCCGGUCUAAGACCACAAGGGUUUUUUUUUUAUUUUUUUAUGACUGAGGUAGAAAUGAAUUACUGGUCAAAAUGUCUGUGUUGAUAGUAUCAAGCUGCACACGUUGUCCUCAAGCAGUAUUCUUGAUUUGAAGUUUGAGUUUCUGCAUAAUCAUCCAGAGAUAUGGACAUAAAUGGAUAUGCAUUUUUAUCCUUUGGGUAAAGUUCUCUUUGAUUUAUAUUUGUUGUUUAAAUGUCUUUGAUCAAUAAUAAAAAAAAAACAUACUUAGUUUAUAUGGGACUUUUGAAGAAACAGUUGUAAUCUUAUGGUAGUAAACACUCAAAACUAUCAAAAUGUUGAAUGAUGUUUCUACUGUUUGUAGAAACUGUUGAUGACAGUUUGUGAGAAGGAGACCUGCAGUAGGUCUACAUGUGAAUGUUUUUAAAAUGUGAAAUUAUGUUGAGGGCAAAAAAACAUCUCGGAUUUGAUAGAUUUUUCCCUGUGUAGUCCUGAAGUCAGUGCAGUUAGUGACUCCUCUGUCAGACAUCUUGCGAGUGUACCAGAAGUAAAUAAAAACUCUUUAAAUUGA